AUGCUCCAUAAGCAACUUCAGUGGAUUGGAUGCCCAAAGAAGACUACUCGUGAUAUAAUUUCUGUGAAAGCAACCAAGUGGUGCUCAAAGUGGGAAGAAUGUCUUAAAGAUCCAAGUUCGCAUCCGUUCAAAGUUGUAACUGGUGAAGAAGGGAACUCCAAGGAAAUUUUAGACGAAGAAGAUGAAAAGCUGAAAAGUUUGAAGGAUGAGUUCGGGAAUGAGCUGCAUGAUGCAGUAGCUACAGUUCUGAAGGAGUUAAAUGAGUACAACCCUAGUGGUAGGUAUCCAAGACCGGAACUCAUGUAG